AUGGAGCCCCUCACCAUUACUCUGAUGGCUUUUGACCGACUUAUAGCCAUCUCAUACCCUUUAAGAUAUCACACUAUCUUAUCUAAUAGAACUAUUUCUCUGCUCAUAGUGGUUAUAUGGACAAUAGGGAGACUGGUCAGAGCUGCUUGUGUGGAUCCCACAAUGUAUUUUAAAAUUGCAUCAACAUUAUUUAACUGUGUGUUGUGGACAAACUUUUGCCUCAUUAUUGUGUCAUACAUGAGGAUAAUUUAUGCAGUUGUUAAAAUGUCUUCAUCUACACACAGGAAAAAAACAUUUAGUACCUGUAUAUCUCAUGUUGUAGUAGUGGCUUGCUUUUUCUUCCCCAAAAUGAAAAGGCUUCGAAAGGUCAGUAGGACAUGA